CGGGCGUGGGGGGGAGGGGAGGGGCUGCGGGGGGGGCCCGGGGCCUGGUUCCCGGUGCUCGGUUCCCGGUCCCGGUCCGGGUCCUGAUCCCAGUCCCAAUCCCGGUGCUGUUCCCGGUGCUGCUCCCAGCCCCGGUGCUGUUCCCGGUUCCGUUCCCGUUCCCGGUCCCGUUCCCGGUGCCGGUCCCGCAGGCGGCUCCGUGAUGGAGCCCACCGCCUCCCGGGUGUUCUGCGGCCGGGUGCUGGGCAUGGUGAACGCCGAGGACGUCAACGCCAUCAUCCUGGCCCAGAAGAACAUGCUGGACCGUUUCGAGAAGACCAACGAGAUGCUGCUCAACUUCAACAACCUGUCGAGCCUGCGCAUGCAGCAGAUGAGCGAGCGCUUCGCGCACCACACCCGGACGCUGGUGGAGAUGAAGAAGGACCUGGACAGCAUCUUCCGCAGGAUCCGGACGCUGAAAGGGAAGCUGGCCAAGCAGUACCCGGAGGCUUUCAGCAACAUCCACGAAUCCCCCAUUCUGGAAGACGACGACGACUUCGACCCCGUUCCCAAAAGCACCACCACCACCAUCGCUACCUCGGAGCAGAGCACGGAGUCCUGCGACACCAGCCCCGACAUCAUCUCCCCCACCAUGAGCCAGGAGUUCGAGGAUCUCUCGCAAGGCCCCUACGAUUUCCCGGCCGUGAACGGACAGAGUCUAACAGACGAGGACACUGCCAACGGCCUGGACUAGGCGCACGGCCCCGCGGGGCCCCCAGAACUAUUCCCCUAUUUAUAUUCCCGUGUUCCUGCGGGCGUUGAUUUCGGGCAGAGGGAAGCGAUGGCCGAGCAAAGAAAGCUCAGGAGGACGGAUCCCCUGCUGACGGAUCCCCAGGCCGCCGCUGUAGCAUAAACCCCACGGCGUGAUACGGGCAGAUCAGUAAAAAAAAAAAA